AUGGACACGCAGGAAGAGCCUCGGCCUAUCCCGGCCUACUACUGCUGCUACCUGCUCCGUUCGACCGUCAGGCACUCGUCGCUUUAUAUCGGCUCAACACCAAACCCCAUCAGACGACUAUCCCAGCACAAUGGUGCGGCCAAGGGUGGGGCCAAGCGAACAGCACGAGAUAAAUUACGGCCCUGGGAAAUGGUUCUCGUCGCGGAAGGGUUCACGAGUCGUGUGGGCGCCCUUCAAUUUGAAUGGGCCUGGCAACAUCCAGAGAGAACUCGUCAUAUCGAGUCCGAUGAUGAGGUAUCCCGAUCGAAGGUCAUUGUCAAUUCCAAAACGGGCAAGACAAAACCACGCAACUCGCGCUCGCGGAGAUCAUUGACGGCUCACCUGGAGGAUCUCCAUACUCUACUACGAUCUGCCUACUUUGCCAGCUGGCCGCUACGUGUACGCUUUUUCUGCACGGAUGUUCAUCGCGUAUGGCGAAUGUGGAAUGAUCGCGUGGAUACACCCCUGCCAGAUCAAAAAUCGAUUUUGGACGGAGACUGCCCCGCCAGGGCCACUGACAAUGACGCUGUGGGCAGUAUCAAUCAGCUAACAGUGGAUUAUUCAAAGUUGGAAAAUUACUUGGAGAAGUCCAUGUUCCUUCUAGAUGACGCGGAAGAUCUAAUAUGUCAGAUCUGCAAAGCUUCAACCAUCCCGGCUGCCGAACAAAUCGUUGUUUGUCCACAAGACUCAUGCCGCAGCGCAAAUCAUCUGCUGUGUCUAUCAGGGGAAUUCCUCGAGGCCGAGGACGACCCGGACAAUCUAAUUCCCACCAAAGGAACCUGUCCAACAUGCAAAGAAACUGUGCAUUGGCCAUUGAUGAUGCAAGAGCUGAGCGUGCGCAAUCGGGCUGAGAAGGAAGCCCGGGCAAUUCUGCGAAGAAAGGACAGGCGCGACCGCAAGAAGAAACCAAUUACAGCACGAGAGACUUCUGUUGAUCCACCAUUUAGCAGCCAGUCGCAGCAGGCAGGGGAUGCUGAGUGCACACUGGCUCGAGAUGAUACCCAACUGGAAGAUGACUGGCUCGACGGCGGAGACCUAGACUCGGAUUCGGAUUACGAGGGUCGACAGCGAAUUCCAACACCUCCCCCUCCUUCUAGGCUCGAGAUUGUCAUCGAAGAUAGUGAAUGGGACGAUGCCGAGAUUGUUGAAUGA